AUGGAACAACAUCCGCAUCUUUCCGGUCCACCGAUGCCCUCAAUCCAUCCGUGUCGUCAGGCCGAGGUAAUGCGUAAACUGAUCGGAGCGGUGGCCGAAGGUGGUGCAGAGUUGGCAGUUCACCAAUACCUCAUGAUCUUUUUAAAGUUUGUGCAAGCUGUCAUUCCCACAAUCGAGUACGACUAUACUCGAAGUUUCUCCAUGUCAUAA